UCACAGGAUUUACGUAGAUGCAGUGAUCAACCAUAUGACUGGAAAUAUUGGCGCUGGUCAUGGAACUGGAGGAAGCUACUUCGACCCUAUUGCUCUUAGGUAUGAUGGAGUUCCUUAUAGUCAUUUGGACUUCAAUACUAACAAGUGUGGGACUCCUAGUGGAAGUAUCGAGAACUAUGGUGAUGCCCAUCAAGUACGAAACUGUAGAUUAAGUGGCCUUAAUGACCUGGAUCUCGGUAAAGAUUACGUACGUGGAAAAAUCGUAGAGUAUUUAAACCAUUUAAUUGAUAUUGGUGUCGCUGGAUUCAGAGUGGACGCUGCUAAACACAUGUGGCCUGGAGAUUUGAAAGCCGUAUUUGAAAACCUUCACGAUCUUUCAACAAAAUGGUUCAAACCUGGGACUAGGCCGUUUAUUUUCAUGGAAGUCAUUGAUCUCGGGGUAGAAGCGAUCGGUAUGAGAGAAUAUAUUCACUUAGGCCGAGUGACGGAGUUUAGAUACAGCUACAAACUUGGAAAUGUAAUACGGAAAAGUGGACACGAACAAAUGCAGUAUUUGAAAACUUUUGGUCAAGGUUGGGGGUUCGUUCACGAGUAUGACGCCCUCGUGUUUAUCGACAACCACGACAACCAGAGAGGCCAUGGAGCUGGUGGGCUUGACGUCAUCUUAACCCACUUUCAGCCUCGGAUGUACAAGAUGGCCACUGCCUUCAUGCUAGCAUGGCCUUAUGGAUUUCCUCGAAUUAUGAGCAGUUACAAUUGGCCACGUCACAUUGAAUGGGGCAAAGAUAAAAAUGAUUGGAUUGGUCCACCCCACGACGACGACUACAAAACGCUACCUGUGAUUAGAAAUUCUGAUCUGACAUGCGGAAAUGGAUGGGUUUGUGAACACAGAUGGCGUCAAAUUUACCAUAUGGUAAGGUUCAGGAACGUGGUUGGAGCCAGUCAAGUGGAAAACUGGUGGGAUAACGGUGGAAAUCAGAUCGCUUUCAGUCGAGGCAAUCGUGGCUUCGUCGCCAUCAAUAAUGAGAAUUUCCCACUCAAUAAACGUUUGCAAACCGGCCUAGAAGCUGGAAGUUACUGUGACGUUAUUUCUGGAAACAGGAAAGACGACACUUGUACUGGUCAUCUUAUUGAAGUUGACGAAUUAGGAUAUAGCCAGAUUUUUAUAGACAAUAAGUUGGAAGAUCCAGUCUUAGCAAUUCAUCUAGAG